CCACUUAAAAGGACACCUACAUUUGUGACGUUCUCUCAGCACUUCUCUUUACAUCCUUCCCAAACUGUCCUUUUUCCCUCCCACCCUAUAAGCCAACCCCAACUCUCAAACGCACACUCCCCUCAUUACAGAUGUGUGUCUAUGUGAGUGUGUGAGAUUGUCCUCCUCUCUCAGUCUCUUCAUGGCUGGAUUGUGGCAGCAGCCCUGCUAUCUGGGGCAGGGUCGAGUUCUGGCUCUGCUGCACUUGAUCUGUCUUCUCUCCCCAGCCACAGGUGCUCUUCCUUGGGAUAACACAGGUGGCUCGUCCCCUCUGGAGCAGUUUGAGGUGGUGAAGGGGAAUUUUUCUCGGACUUUCCUUCACGUUGGCUACCAUAAGAUUGCAGAGAUUCCUGCAGGAGCAUGCAACAUCAGCAUCCAGGAGACCAAAAAGAGCCAAAAUUAUCUGGCUCUGCUCAGCCAACGUGGUGUCUCCAUCAUCAACGGAAACUGGCUAAUCAAUAGACCCGGGAUCUACGUUGCUCUGGGAACAUAUCUGACAUAUCGACGACCCAAUGAGAUCCGGUCUCGUAAUGGAGAGUCCAUCACUGCACCGGGGCCGCUGACUGAGGACCUGCACGUCUAUCUGAUUUACCAACAACCAUUUCCUACUGUGCAAUAUGAAUACAGCAUGCCUUUAAACCGAUACCUAGCUCCUGAGCCCGGUACACCUUCUGCUGUUCUUCCCCUGGCUGAGACAGUAGAUUUCUCCUAUCCAGAUGAUGAUGGCAAGACCAAACAAAGCAUCAUCAAGGAGGCAUGGCAUCCCAACCAGGUUACCUCUUACCCUACUGUGAACUCUGAGUCUCAUGUCACCUACACCUGGAUGAAAAACGGGCACACAGAGUGCAGCACAACCUGUGGCACUGGCAAGCGUCAGGUGGUCCUGGAGUGUGUUGAGAAGGAUUCCCAGACGGCUGUUCCCGCUGACUUUUGUCACCCUGCCAUUGAAACAACAAAGUGGGAAGAAGACUGCAACAUACAGCCCUGUCCUGCAUACUGGGACGUAGGUGAGUGGUCAGAGUGCAGUAGAAGGUGUGGACCUGGGACCCAGCAUCGCCAGGUCAUCUGCCGCCAAGUCACCGACGUUCACGCCAGUGGGACAGAAACUUCAGUUACUGUGAAGUCAGAGAUGUGCGGUUCAUCUGACAUGCCAGUGACCCAGUCUACGUGCCAGCUGAAAAUCUGCAGUCAGUGGGAUAUACGAUCAGAGUGGAGCCCUUGUUCAGUACCAUGUGGAGUUGGCCAGCGCACCAGGGAGGUGGUGUGUGUGAGCAACCAGGGCGAUGUGGAUGAUGAUCAGGAGUGUAACAUGAACCUGAAGCCAGACACUAUAGAGAACUGUGACAUGGGACUUUGUGCACGCAGCUGGUUCACCUCUAUCUGGAGCCAGCGGUGCUCUGCAGAGUGUGGUAGAGGCAGUCGAACCAGGUCUGUAGUAUGCCUGAUGGAUCAUGUGACAAAUCUGCCUUUGGAUAACUGUGAAGGGGAACGCCCGCCAGAAGUGACAUCAUGUGAUUCAGGGCCAUGCCAAAAUCGUCUGGAGUGGUACACAGGACCUUGGAGUCAGUGUUCUGCAGAGUGUGGGAAUGGCACACAGACCCGAAGUGUGGCUUGCAUUUUAAACAGCGAUGGUCAAAUGGAAGUUGUGGACCAGUUAAAAUGUUCCAGUCUUUCGAAGCCAAUCACAUCUCAGCCCUGCAGACUGAAGCCAUGUGGUGUCCAGUGGUAUGUUACGGAGUGGAGUGCGUGUUCACGGACCUGUAAUGCUGGCUUCCGCGUGCGCGAGGUCCGUUGUCUUGCUGACAACAUCGUCCCAAGCGAUCGCUGUGAUCCCAGCUUUAUCCUGGAGAGUCGAGAAGAAUGCAACAAACAGCCUUGUGUAGCUGAAAUAGAUCCAUUAUGCAGUGAUAAGUAUCAUAACUGCAUGGUGGUGGUUCAAGCCAGACUGUGUGUUUACUCAUAUUACAGAAGUGUCUGCUGUGCGUCCUGCUCUCGUGCCCAGGAAACACACCCCAACUCUUUUCAAAACAAUCACAUACGCAGGUGAUGCUGCAGUGAAACUCAAGGAACAAACAGCUCUGUGAUGACAUCAACUUACUGUUGAAGACAAUGAAGCUUUAAAAUUGGGAUGCCUGAAACUUUUUUGUCCUCACAACAACACACAGACAAACACGCAUGCUCUUUCAUAGGACGUUCACAAUUUUCAAAUCUGCAGUCCAAGUGUAACAUUAAAGUGGACACAUUCAAUGUUUACUUGUAUAUUUAUUCUUAAUAAAGUUUCUGUAACUUCUGGUAUUCUACUGCUUUGUUUCACU